GGGGGGCAGGUAAAGUCGGUGGGCGGAUGGGACGCGUCAGGUGACAGUCUCAGCGAGGGGCUGAAUAACCCAGACACUCGCUCGCCCGUGCACUCGCAAACCUUGCGAGAGACACGUGCGCACCAUGGCGUGCGGGCGUCCAAACUGGAACCUCCGGCAGCAGCUCAAGGAUGGGCACCCAGGAGCCAGCUCGCCCGAUCAGCAGCAGCAGCAGCAACCGGUGGCACCAGCUGCAGAGGACAUCGCCUGCAAUCGCACACAUAUUUCCUCCUCUUCGUCCAACACCAGUCCCACCACCAGCUCCUCCUUAUCCACCACCAGCUCAUCAUCAUCAUCCUCCUCCUCUUCCACCACUGCCUGCAGUCGUGCUCCCGGCACCUCAGUCGGCAAGCGCAGCCGCUCCAAGGCGCGCAGGAGGGCGGCCAACGUGCGUGAGCGCAAGCGCGUGUCGGACUACAACGAGGCGUUCAACGCGCUGCGCGUCUCCCUGCGCCACGACCUGUCGAGCAAGCGCCUCUCCAAGAUCGCCACGCUGCGCCGCGCCAUACACCGCAUCGCCUCGCUCUCGACGCUGCUGCGCACUCUGGCGCAGGAGGCUGUCCCGGCACCUGCAGCCACAUCAGUACCUGCAGCAGCAGCAGCAGCAUCAGCAGCAGCAGCUGCACCUGCAUCAGCACGUCCAUCAUGUUCAGCAGCAGCAGCAACAGCAGCUCGUGCGAGCUUUCCGCAACCGCCGUCCGCUGCAGCGCACACCCCGGUUCAAGCCCCAGUGGCAGCGCACGCGGUCCUGACCCCCGUGCGUCGCCACGAACCACCCAUCGCUCCGCGAGAAGCGGCCCCUCGCCGCCACCAGCACCACCACCAGCAGCAGCAGCAACAGCAGCACCACCACCACCAGCAACAUCAGCAACAGCACCACCAGCAACAGCAGCAGCAGCAACAGCAGCAGCAGCAGAACUACGCGCAGCCGCGCCUGCAGUGCCGAGCGUCCGGCAACUUGCAGCAGUUUGGCGCGCCCCCCCAAAGGGAGCAGCAGCCCCCCCAGAGACGGCUGGGAAGGGACGCACGAUUGGGGGGCCUCGGCGGGUGGCAGGCACGCUGCAUGGAAUGCUGACCGGUCGCCUUGUGGUUUUACAGCCCCCCCACCAAGCCCGUUGAAGUGUUGCUUGUGGAGUAUUAUUGGACUAAGUGGUCACGUUCCAUCCAUUACCUCCUGCAUUCGGGACCCGUUCGUUCAAUCUCCUGCGCGCAAUAUUACGCGCAGAUGAUGCGCGUUUAUCGACAGUAAGUACAUUGCAAUGGCAAGUGUGAUCUGGCUGUGUACAUGCUGUGUACGCCCACCUCUUCCAAGACGUCUGGUCAACGUGGAAGAGGAGACCAAUACCCCCCCCCCUUCCGCCAGCAGUGGCGUGGGCAUGUAAGCAAUUGCAGGGCUGCUCCUUAACCUUGUACGUAUGUAUACAUGCCACUGUGACGUCCGAAUUAAAUGUUUGGUGAGGAUACAGUAAGUGCAUUGCAAUGACGAGCGUAAUACACAGUGUACAUAUUGUGGACAUUGGAAUUAACAAUGUCAGUCAAUUAGACUUCUAAUUUAAUAUAGUCCUCUGAAACAAGGGGCUCGUGCAAAC